AGUAUAUAGUCGACACCCCGGGUCCUUAGGAGACGAUACAGUCCUGUACCAUGAGUCCCUUGUGCCUUGUGUUGUUUGCUGCUGUGGCUACUGCGGUGGCGGCUCCCCAGAAGUAUACCACCAAGUAUGACAACAUCAACCUCGACCAGGUCCUCCGCAACGACAGGCUUCUCAACAACUACUUCCGGUGUCUGAUGGACCAGGGAAGCUGCACUCCUGAUGGUGACGAGCUCAAGAGCCACAUCCGAGAUGCCCUAGAGACAGCUUGUAGCAAGUGUUCGGAGAAGCAGAGAGCUGGCACAGAGAAAGUAGUCAGAUUCCUCAUCAAGAACAAGCCCACGGAGUUCGCAGACCUCGAGAAGAAGUAUGAUCCCAGAGGAGUGUACAGGGCAAAGUACCAGGCUGAGGCUAAGAAGAAGGGAAUCACUGUUUAAUUGUCCUUUUAUAAAAAGACUGUGUAAAUAGGCUAAAUAAAUUUAUUUUUCUUAUUGA